AUGGGAGCGCGGCCGCGGCCCACCCGGCCCCCUCGCCUCGCGUUGCCUCCCCUCGCCCGCGACGCCGCCCCAGGGGGCGCGGGCGGGCGGCCCCGGAGAGCCGGCGGCCUGGGCGCCGCCAGGAAGCGAGGGGCCGAGCAGGCCGUAGAGGGGGCCGCGAGGGCCUGCAGUGGGGCGCCCUACUGGGGCCCGGUUACCUGGCGGCGGCGGCUCCUCCAGCUCCUGCUCCUUCUCCCCGUCCGAUGCUCAGCGCCCGGCGGCGGCGGCGGCGGCGGCGGCGACUCCCCGUGCAGCCCGCGGCGACGAGCCGAGCCCGGCCCCUCUCCGCCUCCCUCCGUGCCGCCACCCGUCCCGCUGCUGCCGCCUCCGCCCUCUCCCCUCAGAGGCGGGCUGCGGAGUGGUGACGUCAUGCAGGCGCCCGGCCCCGAUUGUGAGGCUGCGGCCGGUGGGCUGCGGGCCCUGGGUCCCGUGCUGGGCAAUCUGAGAGGCGAAGGGGCAGCACGACGUGCGCGGAGCAGGAGGACGCCGGCGGCGCGCCCGGGGCGGCAGCUCGGCUCGCCGGCUCCCAUUGCUCUGUCGGUGCCGGCCGAUUCGCCCGACUUCCAGCCCACCCUGGGUCUCAGGUCUACCGGGUUACUCAGUGACAGAUUCUCGCUCUAA